AUGCCCGCUCCGAGCGACAAGAGGCCGACGUUGGCCCUAGACCCGCUUCACUCUCCAGGAAGCGACACACAAGAGCUCCACUCUCCAGCAGUGCCCAGCGCUCUAACCGCCUUGACUCUCAGUGCACAACACGCCGGUCCGACAGCGGAUCUCAUGGCCAAGACGAAGCGACGCAUGUUCUCCAGCCCGAUGCUACGCCGCUCUGCCACGGCUUCUUCGGCUGCAGCGGCAUCUGCAGCUUCGAAGAUCAAGAGCAACUUGUCCACAGUUAAGCUCCCGACUGCUUUGAAGCGCAACAGUGCGAACAGCAGGAGCGCUGCUGCCGCUCCGUCGGUUCCAGUAGACUGCGUGCCAUCGCUCUCAAGGUCCAGUACCGAGUCGUCCGUAAAGAAGGCAGAGACUAAUGCAAUGCCAAACAACGGCAAAAAGUUUGGCAUCCCGUCGCUGAAGCACAUCAGAGCCGCCGCCAAAGACAAGGUGCACUCAAAGCGUGACUGUCCACUAGACUCUCCUGAGGCUAAAUCCCAGCGCAGUAACAACAGCAGCGAGGAGGAAACGAGCAAUGAAGAUUCUGCGACGCCUCAGCAUGCAACAUCGGCUAUGAACACUGCCUCGCGCUUUGUAAUGGGGAUGCCGACCAUGCUGAGACGCGCUGUCUCCAAUAACCACCCGCCUGGCACCGAUGCUCCCGCUCUGAAGAAGUCGCCGGAUACUAGUGCCAACUCCACCCCGCGUGGAGAAUCCUCAGGGGAUGAUUGGGACGAGAACGACCGGCACUCGUUGCUGAUGAUGCUGCAAGUGCCGGAAGCUCGGAAUUCGCUGAUUCCGUUGAUGGCGGUCAGCCAGGCCUGGUGA